GUACACCUCGAAAGAAUAUAGUCAAAAAGUUUGGGUCAAGAGUACCUUCACCUUCCAUGGAAUUUACACAUCGAUUAAAAGCUGCAAAAGAGUUUAAAGAUGGCACAAUUAAUCAAAUAAAGGAAUUAGGCAAAAACUCUAAAAAUGCUGAUAAUGUGGAUCGAAAUGUUGUAAUGAUAAUAUGA